GAUUGUACGUAGCGAUAGUGAUAGUGAUAGUGAUAGUGAUAGUGGUAGGUAGUUUGGAUGUUUAGUAGAAUUUUGCCACAUGUUGCGCCUGAGUAGAUGGGCGCAAGUCCGCUCGCCAGGACAGAGAGCCCGGGCCAUCACACCAGUAGAUCAGGGAGAAGACAACCUCUCGUUCCGCACUCAAAAUCCCUUUUUUCCUCAUCUCCUCUUAUCACCCUUUUCAAUACCGAUAUUUUCACAUUGAUUCUCUGUGCGUUAGCUAAUAAAUUAACCAAUUUCUCAUGUUUCAUUUUUUUUCUUUUUCUUUUUUAACGGCUUUACUCGAGAUUUACUCAUUUAUGGCAUGGCACAAAUAACUCUAGGCCAAUUGUUUACAGUGUUUACAGUGUUUCAGUGAAUUUUCCUCUGAAUAAUUGAAAUGUCUCUUAAUUAUGCACAAAUAGAGAAAAUUCAUUGAUGAGCUAAAUCGAGCGGAGAAAAGCUCGCCAGGAGGGACUCGAUGCCGGCAAGGAAGGGUUUAUUGGCCCCCCAAAAUACUUUCUUAGAUACAAUUGCAACGAGAUUCGAUGGAACACAUAGCAAUUUCGUACUGGGUAAUGCUCAAGUAAUAAAGACCUACCCAAUCGUAUAUUGUUCUGAUGGAUUCUGCGAGUUGACAAAAUAUCCACGAGCGCAGAUAAUGCAAAAGGGUUGCGCUUGUAAAUUUCUAUAUGGUCCCGAAACCAAAGAAGAUAAUAAAACGUUAAUAUGGAAAAGUCUUGAGAGCAAGACGGAAUUGAAACUCGAGGUGGUAUUUUAUAAGAAAGAUGGUGAAAAGUUCAACUGUCUGCUAGACAUUGUUCCAAUAAAAAAUGAAAAAGGAGAUGUUGUACUAUUUCUGGCAUCUCACAAAGACAUCACAGAUACGAAAAUUUUUCCGCGCCGUGACUCUGAUGAUGAUGGAAAUAACGAUGUCGAUCCAGAAGCGCCAUCAGCAGAGUAUGGCCGCAGACGACGAAGCCGUGCUGUUUUGUAUACAUUAUCCGGCCAUUAUAAACAAGAUAAACAUAAAAUCAAUAUCAACAAGCAAUUACUUCACUCACCUGCUGCUCCUUUACCCGAGUACAAAACUUCCGCUGCCGAGAGAUCUCAUGCCAUUUUGAGCCACUAUGGAGGAUUUAAAUCUUGUUGGGAUUGGUUGAUACUUGUUGCAACGUUUUACGUUGCUGUUAUUGUACCAUACAAUGCAAGUUUCGUUAAUAUUGGUAGACCCUUCAUGAUUAGUGAUGUUAUUGUCGAAGUGCUCUUUAUAUUUGAUAUUGUCCUGAAUUUCCGAACUACAUAUGUUAGUAGAAAGGGAAAAUUAGUAAUAAAUGGAAAAAAAAUAGCUGUAAAUUAUUUGAAAGGAUGGUUCCUCAUUGAUCUUGUUGCGGCUUUACCAUUUGAUGUGCUAUAUGCCGCUGAUGUUUAUAGUGGCGAGGAACCAGGUCAUGGUCACAUUCACCUCAUAAAACUAACAAGACUCCUUCGAUUAGCCAGAUUGCUGCAAAAAAUGGACCGAUACUCACAGUAUAGUGCUAUGAUAUUAACACUACUUAUGUUAUCUUUUACAUUGUUAGCCCAUUGGCUUGCAUGCAUAUGGUACGUUAUUGCGGAAAAAGAAAAAUUGAAAAAAGAUAAAGAUUGGAAUUUAGGAUGGAUUCAUACACUGGCGGAACGCCUUCACAUCGAUGUACAAAAUGUAUCCCACACCGACAGCUAUGUAACAGCCCUAUAUUUUACAUGCAGCAGUUUGACAUCUGUAGGAUUUGGCAAUGUUUCCGCUAAUACUACGUAUGAAAAAAUUUUCUCCAUUUGUACCAUGCUUGUAGGAGCUCUAAUGCAUGCUGUGGUAUUUGGCAAUGUAACCGCUAUAAUUCAGCGUAUGUAUUCAAGGCGAUCUCUUUAUCAUACAAAAUGGAGGGACCUCAAAGAUUUCCUUACUUUACACCAAAUACCAGAAAAACUUAAGCAAAGAAUGCAAGAUUAUUUUCAAACAACAUGGUCAUUGAACCAUGGUAUUGAUAUUCAUGAGACUCUGAAGGAAUUCCCAGAGGAAUUACGGGGUGAUGUAUGUAUGCACUUACACAGAGAAAUAUUGAGUUUACCAAUAUUUGAGGGUGCAUCACAAGGAUGUUUGAAAUUGCUAUCACAUCAUAUACGAAGUAAUUUUUGUGCACCAGAAGAGUAUUUAAUACGUAAGGGAGAUGCAUUGUCAUACAUAUACUAUUUAUGCAAUGGUUCUAUGGAAGUUGUCCAAAAUAGUAUGGUAGUAGCCAUAUUGGGAAAAGGUGACCUUGUGGGCUGUGAUAUAAGUGUGCAUCUUCAACAUGGAAAUAAUGGAAGUGGUUUAGUUGGUUCUGGAGGUGACGUUAUUGUUAAAUCGAGCUGUGAUGUUAAAGCACUGACCUAUUGUUAUUUAAAAUGCAUAAAUAUUCAGGGUCUCGUUGAUGUAUUGAGACUUUAUCCGGAGUAUCAGCAGCAAUUCGCACAUGAUAUCGUUCACGAUCUUACCCAUAAUUUACGAGAAGGUUACGAGGCGGAGGAAGAGCCAGAUAUGAAUGGAAUUCAAUCGCAAACCCUACCCUCAAUCAGUGAAGAUGAUGAAAACGUUCCAGAUGACGGCGAAACUUCUCCACUUUCGCCAGCCAAUAGAUCACCUCUUCACACAGUGAGCCCCAGACACGCCAAAUUCAGGUCUGAUAUUCGAGAUAGGCGAAUGGUAAGAAGUGGAUUAAGAAAUCGAAUGCAAAUGUUAGGACAAGAAUCAGUGGAAAAUUAUAAUCGUGGAACAAUGGAAAGGAUAGAGGCAUCUCAAGUUUCUGCAGUUCAUGAGGAUGUCGUUACUCUCAGUUACGAAAUGAGAAAUGCAAUUCAAGCGCUUCAAGUUUUGGUUCGUUCACCUCACAGUAAUCCUAAUUUGCCUACACCAGCGGGACAUGGUGGAUCGAACGAUCGACUUCUCGCCAGAAGUUCAUCUCAUUUACCUGACGGUCUUUGUUGGGAGUCUCCGGCUCGUCUAAUCGAUGUCAGUACACAAACUGAUUGGCCAAUUAACAUUCUAGAUGAGUGGAUACGGGAAAACUCUCACAGAGUUCUCCAGAUUCUUGGCCUUGAUUCACAACUUGUCACUUUCAAUCGAACGGCAUCUCCGACAUCGUCUCCCUCUUCGCCACCACCGCCUCCUUAUGAGCCUCUCUCUCCAUCACGAUCCCCUAUUGAAGAAGCUAAAUUCUCUCACUCUCAUUCUGAACAAUUCAAUAAUCAUCGCUUGAAAAUUUCUAAAAUUUCCAAAAUUUCCAAAACUUAUUGUACUUCAAAAAAUUAUUGGGAAACUGUCAAUGAGCUACCGCAUCGAUUUAGUGCGGGUGAUGCUGACAAUUCAUCCUCAUGGUAUCGCGCACUACAUAAUAUGGAGUAUCUACCAAGAUCACGAUCUCUCAAAUUCGAUCCCUUUGACAGUUGAGCAUCAAAAUCAUAGUAACUAUUAAAAUUCUGCCAUUAUUUUUUCUGCAAGGAGGUGAAAAAUGACAAAUUAACAUUUUUAUACAGAAAUUCUGUAUUUAUCUCCCUAUUAGGCAAUUUAACGGCAAAAUUUGACGUAUAAUGUAAUUGUUCCCAAAGGCCUAGUCUUGUGGCACUGCGUAUGAACGUCUUUCAACGUUGGUGAAAUUCCACAGACAUUGAAAUUAUUCUCAUUCCUUCCCACUAUUGUUCAUAAGGAUAAAUUAAAAAUAGAAAAAGAAAAAAAAAACAAAACAAAUCCAAAAUGCCCGUACAAUCUCGCUAUUGCACAGUGACACUAAAAAAUAAUUUUUAAUAUAAUUUUCAUAAUAAUUGCAUAAUACUGCCCUAUUUACUUUUUUAUGAAUAUAUUUACACGUAUAUCGUGUUUACAUGUCUUUUUCAUACAUAUCAUAUGAUUCUACUAUUUAAUGUGAUACGUUACAUUGGAUACAACACAUCUCCUCUCAUUGAAACGCUAGAAAACAUGAUAAUUAACAAUCGUAAAAGAUCGUCAAUGCAAGUAUUUACAAGUCUAUUAUAUUUAUUCACUUUCUUCAAAAUGUGCGCUUAUUAUUAGAGUCACAUUAAAUAAAACAUGAAAUCCAUGGCAUUGCACCUGGGAGUAUACGAUUACGUUUGAAAUUUUCAAGUGCAAUUCGAAAAAUAUGAAAAAUAUGGAAAAUAUGAAAAAUAAUUAAUGCCAUGUUUUCAUAUAAAAGAUUAACGCUUAGUAUAUAUUUUUGUUAUACUUUUCUCAUAUUAUGCAACUUGGCGGUGUACCUUACGCGGCUUCAAUAUCGAUAAAAAAAUUCUAUUUUUUUUUUCAGCAUUCAUUACCAUCCAAAAUUAUGGUUGGAGAAGUGAAUAAAUUUAUCGUCUUUUAUAAUUGUUAUAUCUUUUAACUAAUGGAACAUAUCCAAUAAUGUCAAUCAAGUAAAAAAAAAUAUUGUACAAAAGAGCUGUAAGCAUUGCAUUGUAAUCUCACCAUAUAAGUAACAAACUCAAGAAAGAUAAUACACAUAAGACGAUGAUGAUGAUUCUUUAGUAAAAAAAAAAGCAUGGACUGGGAAGUGU